AUGGGAGAUUACUUAGAAGAUGAAAGUUCCUAUGAUUCAAGCCAAGACUCCGAGCUUGAUGAAACCGACCAAGCUUGGUCCAAUGAAGAGGAUGGCUGUGAUGAGUCCUGUUCUGAUGAUAACUACUCUAUGUCAGAGUAUGGAGACGACCCUGAUGAAGCAUAUCCCGAACCAGAGCCCCCUGAUUACUCCUAUGAAGAUACCAGCCACCAAGGAGAGUAUGAAGGAGAAACUGAACCAAAUAUCAGUUUCAAUGAAGAAAAUGAAUUUCCUGGAGAUAAUACAGAAGGUGAUGAUAAAGAAACUGACCAGGAAGACUAUGGAAGUGAUUCAUGGCAGGAAGAAGAAGAUACCUUGAAUCAAGAGGCUGAACAAGAAAAUACCUUUGGUGACAAUUCAAGGCGUGAGGAGUCAAACCAGAGUCCUAAUAAUGAUCAAGACAUAGAAGAAGGGUCAUAG